GCACCUCCUACUUCAAUCAUCAUCAACAUUCAACUCGGCGUAGGAUAACCAUUUCUUUGCGACCUCACGAAAAUCAAUCAAAAUGCCUGCCAAAGCCGGAAACAAGAAGGGACCAGUCGUCAAGCGCAAGUUUGUUAUCGACUGCAAGCAGCCCGCCAACGACAAGAUCUUCGAUACCGCUGCUUUCGAGAAGUUCCUCCAGGACAACCUUAAGGUCGAUGGAUUGAAGAGCAACUUGGGUGACAAGGUCUCCAUCGUUAAGGAUGGAGAGAGCAUCAAGAUCGAGACCUCUGUUAACUCUGGUCACUACCUCAAGUACUUGACCAAGAAGUUCCUCAAGAAGAACCAAUUGAGAGAUUGGCUCCGUGUUGUCUCCACCUCCAAGGGCGUUUACGAAUUGAGAUUCUUCAACGUUGUUGGUGAUGAUGCUGAGGAGGAUGAUGAAUAGAUGGUUACAUAUAACAUCUAGGAUUGAUAAAUGAUACCCAUGAUGGACUGGACUACGGACUAGAAGAUCGUGAGGAGGGUUGGGAUCUAGCAGUGGUAGAAAUAAUCAAUGCUAUAUUACUGCUCUCUCA